UGACCACCUCUCUGCUCAUUUCUUUCCUCAGUAUCUUUGUCCAGUGGUUCCUUGGGUAGCCCCGGAGUUCAGGAGCCCCACGGCUGACCUUCCAAUCAUGAGCAGGACCUGGAUGGCCCUCUUGCUAGUCAUAGCUUCAUCUCUUGGCUUCAACUUGGAUACAGAGAAGGUGACAACUUUCCAUGUGGACAGUCCUGGAUUUGGACACAGCGUAGUCCAGUAUGCCAACUCCGGGGUAGUGGUUGGAGCCCCCAAGGAGAUAAAGGCUGACAACCAAACAGGUGGCCUCUACCAGUGUGACUACAUCAGGGGUACAUGCAAGCCCAUCCACCUGCAGGUCCCCCCAGAGGCUGUGAACAUGUCCCUAGGCCUGUCCCUGGCAGCCACCACCACAUCUUCCCAGUUGCUGGCCUGUGGCCCCACCGUGCAUCACACAUGCAGAGAGAACAUGUAUUUGAUUGGGCUCUGCUUCCUGCUGGUCUUCCCCUCUGAGCAGGGCCAAAGGCUCCCAGCUGCCUUUCAGGAGUGCCCAAGGCAGGACCAGGAUAUCGUGUUCCUGAUUGAUGGCUCAGGCAGCAUCUCCUCCCAAGAAUUUGCCACAAUGAUAAACUUUGUGAAGGCUGUGAUGAGCCAGUUCCGGAGACCCAACACCCAGUUUUCUCUGAUGCAGUUCUCCAGCCGUUUCUUGAUACACUUCACUUUCAACGACUUCAUCUCCAGUUCAAACUCUCUAAAGCUGCUGGAUGCUGUACGACAGCUGGGAGGGUACACUCACACGGCCACAGCCAUCCAAAAGGUCAUAAACCAACUAUUCACCACCCAAAGUGGGGCUCGUAAAGAUGCCACCAAGAUCCUGAUUGUCAUCACUGAUGGGCAGAAGACAGGGGAUCGCCUGGAUUAUAAGGAUGUUAUUCCCAUGGCUGAGGCAGCAGGUGUCAUCCGCUAUGCAAUUGGGGUUGGACAGGCUUUUCAAAAUAUAUACUCCUGGAAAGAAUUAAAUGACAUUGCGUCGAGGCCCUCUCAUGAAUACAUAUUUAAAGUGGAGGACUUUGGUGCUUUGAAGGAUAUUCAAAACCAGCUCCAGGAGAAGAUUUUUGCCAUUGAGGGUACACAGACUGUGAGCAGUAGCUCUUUCGAAAUGGAAAUGUCCCAGGAGGGCUUCAGCGCUGUGUUCACACCCGAUGGACCAGUUCUGGGAGCUGUGGGGAGCUUCAGCUGGUCUGGAGGUGCCUUCCUGUACCCCCCACAUAUGAACCCCACCUUCAUCAAUAUGUCUCAGGAGAAUGUGGACAUGAGGGACUCUUACCUGGGUUACUCCAGUGAGCUGGCCAUUUGGAAAGGGGUACACAGCCUGGUCUUGGGGGCCCCUCGCCACCAGCACACCGGGAAGGUUGUCAUCUUCACCCAGACAUUUGGGCAAUGGCGGCCGAAGGCUGAAGUCACAGGGACCCAGGUCGGCUCCUAUUUUGGGGCUUCCCUCUGCUCUGUGGAUAUGGACAAAGAUGGCAGCACUGACCUGGUCCUCAUUGGGGCUCCCCAUUACUAUGAGCAGACCCGAGGAGGGCAGGUGUCCGUGUGCCCCAUGCCCAGGGGGCAGAGCAGGUGGCGGUGUGAGGUCAUUCUCCGUGGGGAGCAGGGCCAUCCCUGGGGUCGCUUUGGAGCAGCUCUGACAGUGCUGGGGGAUGUUAAUGGGGACCAUCUGACAGAUGUGGCCAUUGGGGCCCCUGGAGAGCAGGAGAACCAGGGUGCUAUUUACUUAUUUCAUGGAACCUCAGGACUGGACAUCAGCACCUCCCACAGCCAGAGAAUUGCAGGCUCCCAGCUUUCCCCCACGCUCCAGUAUUUUGGGCAGUCACUGAGCGGGGGUCAGGACCUCACUAUGGAUGGACUGGUGGACCUGGUUGUGGGGUCCCAGGGACAAGUGCUGCUGCUCAGGACCAGACCUGUCCUCAGAGUGUGGGUGACCAUACAUUUCACACCUGCAGAGAUUGCUAGGUCUCUGUUUGAGUGUCAGGAGCAGGAGACCUCUGUCCAGGAACUGGGUGGUGCUACUGUCUGUAUUGAUAUUUAUGGAAGUCCCAAGGGCCAACGUGAUAAACUCCAAAGCUCUGUGACCUAUGACUUAGCCCUUGACCCUGGCCGCUUGAGUCCCCGUGCUAUCUUCAAAGAGACAAUGACCCGGACCCUGACUCGAGUCCAAGACCUUGGACUGAACAAGUACUGUGAAUCUGUGAAGUUGCUCCUUCCGGCCUGUGUGGAGGACUCGUUGACCCCAAUUAUCUUGCGUCUCAACUUCUCUUUGGAGGGCAAGCCCAUCCCUUCCCUCAGAGACCUCCGGCCUAUGCUGGCUGCAGAUGCUCAGACGUACUUCACAGCCUCGCUCCCCUUUGAGAAGAACUGUGGGGCUGACCACAUCUGCCAGGAUGACCUUGGUAUCAACUUUGACUUCUCAGGCAUGAAGACCUUGGUGGUGGGAAGUGACCUGGAGCUGAACGCAGAAGUAACAGUGUCAAAUGAUGGUGAAGAUUCCUAUGGAACUACAAUCACCUUCUCCUACCCAGCAGGACUGUCCUAUCGACGUGUAGCAGGGGGUCAGCGGCAGCUGCGCCCCCUGCACCUGACAUGUGACAGCGCCCCAGCUGGAAGCCAAGGUGCCUGGAGAACUAGCUGCAGCAUCCACCAUGUCAUCUUCCACGGGGGCACACAGAUCACCUUCGUGGCUACCUUUGAUGUCUCCCCCAAAGCUGUGCUGGGAGACAGGCUGCUUUUGGCAGCCAAUGUGAGCAGUGAGAAUAACACCCCCAGGACCAGCAAGACCACCUUCCAGCUGGAGCUCCCGGUGAAGUACGCUGUGUACCCGGUGAUCAGCAGCCAUGACCAAUCCACCAAGUACCUCAACUUCUCAUCUUCAGAGGAGGGAGGCAGUAUAGCCAAGCAUAGAUACCAGGUGAAUAACCUGGGACAGAGAGACCUGCCUGUCAGCAUCAACUUCUGGGUGCCUGUGGAGCUGAAUGGAGCUGCUGUGUGGACAGAGGUGGAAGUCUCUCACCUCCAGAACCCGUCCAUUCAGUGCUCUUCAGAGAGACUAAUUCCCAGAGAAUCUGACUUCCUGACUCAUAUUUAUAAGAAUCCUGUGCUGGACUGUUCCAUUGCUAACUGCUUGAGGUUCCGUUGUGACAUCCCCUCCUUUGGCAUCCAGGAAGAGCUUGACUUUAUCCUGAAGGGCAACCUCAGCUUCAGCUGGGUCAGCCAGACAUUGCAGAAGAAGGUGUUGGUCAUGAGUGUGGCUGAAAUCACGUUUGACAGAUCUGUGUAUUCCCAGCUUCCAGGACAGGAGGCAUUUUUGAGAGCCCAGAUGAAAACAGUGCUGGAGAAGUAUGAAGUCCACAACCCCAUCCCCCUCAUCGUGGGCAGCUGUGUAGGAGGUCUGCUGCUGCUGGCUCUCAUCACUGCCAUACUGUACAAGGUUGGCUUCUUCAAACGUCAAUAUAAGGAAAUGAUGGAGGAAGCAAAUGGACAACUUGCUCCAGAAAGUGGAACAUUAGACACCCAAGUUGCCCAGUGAACAAUGACUUCCUGUUCUCCUUUGGACCUACUCUCCCCUGAUAGGUUUUCCAGUUCUCUUAUUCUCAUCUACAUUGGGCCCAAGGGGAAAGAAUAUUCCACAUGAGGGAGGCUGGGAUUGGGCUGCUUUCACUUUUUGGGAAAAUGCAGUAUGUCUACACAAAGUGUCUUGUCUGGGAAGGGUUAUUCAUCUUGUCAAGGCUCCAACUGGAAACCCCAUAGAUAGGGUUUCUGCCAUGGUCUAGAGGACUUGGAAUUUCUACCCAGAAAUUCAUGGGCUAUAAUCUCAGGCCCCAGUCUCCCUUCCUCUGCUAGCUACCAAUGAUCUUUCUAAAAUACAGAACUGAAUGAAUCACUCAUUCUUACCCAUCUUCAGUGGCUCCCAUUACUUUCAGGACAAUGUCUGAAUUCUCAGCUUAGUGUUAGACAUCCUGUUACCCAUUCCAUUUCCAGAAGGUGGACUUCAGAGCACACAGAAGGAGUUCUGUGCCUCCUUGUCAUCCCUGUUGCUAGUAAAAUACUGUCAUGUCAGCUCUUAGCUUUGUCUCGGGAAUUUCAGUCCAGAUUUCUCCAAUGGAAUUGGGAAUGAAAUGACUAUGUAAAGCUGGCUUCUAGCAUUGGUCAGGAUUGCUAACUGGAAGGGAGGAGUAUCCCCUCAGGAGGGACACUGCCCCAGUUCUCUUGCAACUCAACCAGUUCCAGGUCAAAGGAGGUUUAAGCCACUUCCACUUUUUGAGGCCCCAAAUAUAGUAAAUGAAGAAAUGUCAGAACAUUUUUUAAAAGUUGUAUUUUAAAUGCUUGCAUUAAUAAAUUAAAACAUGCAUGAAAAGAUGUAUGUACUUUUAAUGGUAAACAUAUUAAAGGUCUAAAGUUCAGGCCUUUUGUGGAGGUAAGUCCUGGAUAAUAAUGCCCAUGGGGUCCAUUUACCAUGGUGAACUCUGAUCAGCUCAGAUCUGGAGUCAGGCCAAGACAGUUAACCAGAGUGGGGAUAAUCUGACCUCUUACUCUGUUCUCAGGGCUGUUGCUGAUGGAGCUGUGGAGAGAGACUUGAGGGGAGGAGGCAAGGAUAGGAAGGGCAGCCCUCACUGGUUACUCUUACACCUGGAAAGGUCAUUGGGGUGAACCAACACACAAGUGUUUCUCAUCAAUUCUAGCAUGUGUUGAAGAGAAUACUGAUUGCAUAUGGUUAAUGAUUUGAUUGCACUCUGAAUUCCAUAUCAGGAACAUGCUGCUCCACAAGAGGUCAUUCUUUAAAAAAACCUUUUAUUUGUUCUUAUAUAUAACAGUAGAAUCUAUUUUGAUGCAUUUAUACAAACAUGG